UUUGGUGAACGAUUGGUCCUGUCUGCCACUCUUGAUUUCACUCCUAACCUCUCCCCACGCUCCUCUGCAACUAUCCAACCCAUCUUCAGAGAGAGAGAGAGAGAGAGAGAGAGAGAUGGCUAGAGUGGGGAGAAUGAAGCUGGGUUCACAAGGUCUAGAGGUUUCAGCACAGGGACUGGGCUGUAUGGGCAUGUCCUCCUUUUACGGCCCACCGAAGCCCGACGAAGACAUGAUCAAACUCAUCCACCACGCCAUUGACUCCGGCGUCACUUUCCUCGACACCUCCGACAUCUACGGCCCCCACACCAACGAAGUCCUCCUCGGCAAGGCGCUGAAGGGAGGGGUGAGAGAGAAAGUUGAAUUGGCGACCAAGUUUGGGAUAAGCUUUGCCGAUGGAAAGAGAGAGGUGCGUGGCGACCCGGCCUACGUUCGGGCUGCUUGUGAAGCUAGUUUGAAGCGGCUUGAUAUUGAUUGCAUCGAUCUUUAUUAUCAGCAUCGGAUUGACAUCCGUGUUCCCAUUGAAAUCACGAUGGGAGAACUGAAAAAGCUGGUUGAAGAGGGUAAAAUAAAGUACAUUGGUCUAUCUGAGGCCUCUCCUGCGACAAUAAGAAGGGCUCAUGCUGUUCACCCAAUUACAGCGAUACAGUUGGAAUGGUCGUUAUGGUCAAGAGAUGUGGAGGAAGAAAUAGUUCCUACUUGCCGAGAACUUGGCAUUGGGAUUGUUGCAUACAGUCCAUUGGGAAGAGGAUUCUUUUCAUCAGGUCCCAAGAUGUCUGAAAAUUUGGCAACUGACGAUUUUCGAAAGACUCUACCGAGGUUCCAACCUGAGAAUCUAGAGCAUAACAAGACCAUGUUUGAAAGGGUUAAUGAAAUGGCUGCAAAGAAAGGGUGCACCCCCGGCCAACUAGCACUAGCAUGGGUUCAUCACCAAGGGAACGAUGUGUGCCCGAUUCCUGGCACUACCAAGGUAGAAAACUUCAAUCAGAACGUUGGAGCAUUGUCGGUAAAACUAACCCCUGAAGAUAUGGCUGAACUCGAGUCCAUUGCCUCAGCCGAUGCAGUUAAGGGUGAUAGAUAUGAAAGCUCGAUCUCUACUUGGAUGAAUUCAGACACUCCACCCUUGUCCUCAUGGAAAGCUGAAUAAAUAUGCAAUACCUUUGAAGAACAACGGCUGAACUACAUGAAAAUACACUUUUUGGAAUGGUUGAGAUUGCUUUGAUCCAGCAGUUGUGUCGCUAGUUGCCUUUAGGCGCGGUUUAUAGCUAGUUAAAUGUAUGAUAUUCGAAUAAAUCCAUAACAUUUGAAGAUAUGGGUGCUAGCUGUGUCAGUUGGAGUUGUAAGAGAACUUAGUUGUGUUUUCGUCCUGAAAGUGUGUUUGAAAUCUAAGCUUGGUUUUAUGCGGAAACUGUGUUUGGGGUGUUGUGAAUGCAAUAUUUAAUAAUUAAAAAAAAAGGAUUUUCCUUA